GUGCACACCACACUUUAUUCUUCUCUAUUUUUAUUAUAUUUUCCACUCUCUAAAUAUUAGUCAACUUUUGUAAUGGCUUCUUCAAAAAAUAAUACUAUGGUUUUUUUAUUUUUGCUUGUGACCUUACUAAUUGGAAGUUCAUCAGCACAACUUUCAACUAGUUUUUACUCAAAAUCAUGUCCUAAACUUUAUCAAACUGUGAAAUCAACAGUGCAAUCAGCUAUCAAAAAAGAAACCCGAAUGGGCGCUUCGCUUCUUAGGCUUUUCUUCCAUGAUUGCUUCGUUAACGGAUGUGAUGGAUCACUACUCCUUGAUGACACAUCAAGCUUUACUGGAGAAAAAAGGGCUGCUCCAAAUGUGAACUCUGUUAGAGGAUUUGAAGUCAUUGACAACAUCAAAUCUGCUGUAGAAAAGGCAUGCCCCGGCGUUGUUUCUUGUGCUGAUAUUUUAGCUGUUACGGCUCGUGAUUCUGUUGUCAUUCUUGGAGGGCCUAAUUGGAAUGUAAAAUUGGGCAGAAGAGAUGCCAGGACUGCAAGCCAAGGUGCUGCCAACAGCAGCAUUCCAGCUCCUACUUUUAACCUAAAUAGACUCAUCUCAAGUUUUAGUGCUGUUGGCCUUUCUACCAAGGAUAUGGUUGCCUUAUCUGGUGCUCACACAAUUGGACAAGCAAGAUGCACAACAUUUAGGGCACGUAUAUACAAUGAGACCAACAACAUAGAUUCAUCAUUUGCAAGAACAAGGCAAAAUAGUUGUCCAAGAAACUCAGGAUCAGGUGACAACAACUUAGCGCCUCUAGAUCUUCAAACACCUUCGAAAUUCGAUAACAAUUACUUCAAGAAUCUCGUGAAUAAAAAGGGUCUUCUACAUUCCGAUCAACAAUUAUUCAAUGGGGGAUCUGCUGAUUCGAUCGUUAGGUCUUACAUCAAUAAUCCUAGUAGUUUCAACUCUGAUUUUGUGACUGCUAUGAUCAAGAUGGGCGAUAUUCGUCCACUUACUGGAUCGAAUGGUGAAAUUAGGAAGAACUGUCGUAGAAGAAAUUAAGUGUUGAAUAUUGGUAUUAAGUGUGUGUGUGUGUGUGUGUUUUAAGUGUGGAAAAUGCCCAUUUUGAGUUUGAGACGUGUGAUUUUGUUUUACUAUAUAGUUUAAUUAGUCAAAGUUUUCUUUCUUAAUAUGAUAGUUCAAUGUGUGUUAAAGGCUUAAAGCAUUUUGUAUUUGUAUCACUAUUGGAAUAUUAUGAAUAACUUAAACACACUUUUUGUUAGUCAAA